AUGUCGCUGGGUAAAGUGCAGCCCCCGCGCACGGGACCAAAGAAGUUCUGUGAUGGGCCGCUGAAGGACGGCGGGGAGGAUGUCAAACCGUACAGCCACUAUGCAUCAUCAGCCCUUUACACGGCGAAGCCGCCGUCUGAACCUUCGCUGCUUUAUCGCUUCUGCAAGGGCCAGGACCUGGACACCAGGGCUCGCGCGACGGUCUGGUACUUCAUGCUGGCGUCCGUUGCCUUGCUCCUGGCAACCUCCUGGGCCUCCAUCGUCGCUCUCCUGCGGCCUCUGUACCCUCGACUGCACAAGCUGCCGCUCCUGCAUUUGGCCACGGAUGUGAUGAUGUACAUCUUGGCACCCUGGCCCCCGCGCGACGUUCAUAUCCUGCAUCGAAACGAUCCGGGUUACCUGCGGGAGAUCGGCUGCAUCGUGCCAUGUCACCGGAGUGCGGGUGAGAUCGCUGACACGGUGGCCUCCUUGCUCUUGUACCUCGAGCCGGAGCAUAUCGUCGUGGUCGACAACGGUAACAGCGUGGAACCGUUGGACGACACCCGGGAAGUACUGAGAGCUCUGAAUCCAAGUGUGCAGUACGUCUGGCUUCCGAUCGGCCACAAAGCCAACGCCUUGUGGAAGGGCUUGUCGCUGUUGCCGGAACAAGUCAAGUACAUCAUGCACAUCGAUGACGACACCGAGCUGCCCGACGAUUUCGUGCUGGAUGAGAGUGUGUGGGAAGAUCCACGAGUCCACGGGGUAUCGUACGGCAUCCGAAUGCGACCCACCGGGGUGGUUCAGCGCCUGGUGGACUGGGAAUUCCGGGGCAUCUCCCAAUGUCGUCUCUUUGAGUCAAUGUACUCGACCGUUUGGUUCCAGCAUGGCAUCAUCGGGAUCUGGCGGAGACAGGCGUUCAUGGAGACGAUGCAGGAGCAUCCUUUCCUGCCGUUCGGAGAAGACAACUGGAACGGCACGAUUAACCUCCUGAAGCAGCGGGCGAUGGCGCAGGAACUCCGAAGCUCGGUGACGACCUACGCCCCCGGUGCUCUCUUCCCUGGGAGCAGCUCGCGCGAUCAAGGAUACGGCGCCACAUGCCUCUGGAAGCAGCGCGCGGAGAGGUGGUGUGUGAACGCGCCGCGAAGACUCUGGCUGCGGCUGUAUCUGAUGCUCUUCUACCGCACCGGCUCAUUGUCCAGGACGCUCAUCUUUCAGGUCACCUCUGCCCUGCACCUGAUGAGCGUCGUAGGUCACCUCCUCGCACCUUUCAUACUGCUGCAAGCUCUGGUGGUUUUCUUGGCCCUGGACGACUGGAGCGAGGUGUCGCGGCACAUGCUCGGGGCACUUGCCUCCUUCGCUGUCUGUCAAUGGGCCAACGGGCUGUUUCUUAGUGCCUUCCUUCUGAGAGAUCAGCCGGGAUUACAAGCAGAUGCCGUGACGUUGCUGCUUUGGCCGCUCUACUCCACGUUCCUGCAGAUCUGCACGCUCUACGGGCACUGGAGAUGCCUCCUCUUCUACAUCCCCUUCUUCCCGAUGCGCCACGGCCUCUACACGGAGGGGGGGAUGGACCCGGAUGCUUUGAGGCAGCUGCAUGGGAUCCACUGCGUAGAGGAGGAGAGCUUCGAGUCUCGAAGUACACACGACGGAACCGUCUUCGAGAUCGAUCAGAUCCGGGCCCUGCAUGAGACGGAGACGGAGCUCACUGGCCCCCACUGCGUCUUGCAGGAGGUGCAGGUGGCACUGCCUGACACCGACGACCCGCAAGCGGAGCUGAGUUGCUAA